ACGGCGGCGGCGGGGCCGGAGAGCGUGAGAAGAAUGGGCUCAGUGUCAGAGGAGCUCAGCUUGGUCCCCCUGCACCAGAGGCCGGAGCUGCUGGAAGCCUGUGCCGAUCUGCUGGGCGAGGAGUGGGGGAAGAGCCGGGCAUCGCGGCUCCACACGCUCCAGCGCUCCUCGGACGCCUUUCCUGUCUGCCUGCUGCUGCUGCGGAGCCGGGGCCCCACCGAGAUCCCUGGCCCCCGGGAGGGUCCCUGCCAGCUCGUGGGCCACGUCCGCCUCUCCCGCGUGGUCGGCCGUCCCCGUGACCUCUUCGUGGAGAGCGUGGUGGUGGCCCGGGCGCUGCGGGGCCAGGGCUACGGGCGGCGGCUGAUGGAGGCCACUGAGCGGUGGGCUCGGGCCCAGGGGUUUGGCUGCUUGCACCUCACCACCCACGACAAGCAGCAUUUCUAUGCCCACCUGGGCUACGUCCUGGGUGAGCCGGUGCAGAGUGUGGCCUUCCUCAGCCCCGCCAUAUCCUCCGAGGUGCUGCGGCUCUUCUCUGCCCCAUCUGGUGCUGCCAUCACCAUCAGGCCAAGGGUACCCUCUGCCCCCCCGCCUCCCCUCCCACCCCUCGCUGUCCCACCACCACCCCCUCCACCGACUGUGAUCUGGGCGAGGGGUGUCCUGGCUGAGAACAGCAAGCAGAGCCUUCUGGAAACCCCCCACCGAGAUGCCAAAGGGCUCCCCAUCUUCUGGAUGAAGAAGGACAUCUGA